GUCCCGGAUGUCAGCGUGUUUCUGCCGGACGAUGCGGCCGCAGGCAGCGGGUGAUGACCGGGGAUGCUGAAGCCGGGAAGCCCGCCCCGGGAGGCUUCUGCGCGGCGGUGCUCCCGCAGCUCGCGCCCUGCUGCUUCGUCUUCACCUGGCCGUCCGACACGGAGCGCUCUGAGCAGUGUGGUUUGGACCUGGGCCUCCAGCAGCAGGCGGGCUCCAUGAGUCUUUACGGGGCCGGGGGUCUGGGCGGGCCCCUCGGGGGCGGGAGGGAGCGCGGAGCGGCGGAACACCGGCGGGAACAGCGGCGGCGCUCCAGCGACCGUUCCAGAGACUCCUCCCACGAGCGAGACGGACAGCUGACGCCCUGCAUCCGGAACCUGACGUCCCCCACCAGGCAGCACGAUCGUGAACGAGGUGACGGAGGCUCCUCCUCCAGGUCCUCCAGUCCCCGCCCUCCGCGGGUGUCGCUCCCUUACCCCCAUGUGGGCGGAGCCUCGUUUGCAGGCCCCGCCCCUCGCUGCCCGGGCCCCCUGGACAUGAUCUACGUGUACGAGCUGAGCGGCAAGGAUCCCCGCUGCGCCGGCGGCGGCGUUGUGCCGCGGCACGGCGAGAGGGUGACGCUCAUCGUGGACAACACCCGCUUCGUGGUGGACCCGGCCGUCUUCACGGCGCAGCCCAACACCAUGCUGGGGAGGAUGUUCGGCUCCGGCCGGGAAAACAACUUCACCCGGCCCAACGAGAAGGGCGAGUUCGAGGUGGCGGACGGCAUCAGCUCCACCGUCUUCAGAGCCAUCCUGGAUUACUACAAGAGUGGAGUAAUCCGCUGUCCUGACGGAGUCUCCAUCCCCGAGCUGAGGGAGGCAUGUGACUACCUCUGCAUCGCCUUCAACUACAGCACCAUCAAGUGCAGAGACCUGAGCGCCCUGAUGCACGAGCUGUCGAAUGACGGCGCCCGGUGUCAGUUCGAGAGCUACCUGGAGGAGAUGGUGCUCCCCCUGAUGGUGGCGAGCGCCCAGAGCGGCGAGCGCGAGUGUCACGUGGUGGUGCUGACGGACGACGACGUGGUGGACUGGGACGAGGAGUACCCGCCUCAGAUGGGGGAGGAGUACUCUCAGAUCAUCUACAGCACCAAGCUCUACCGCUUCUUCAAGUACAUCGAGAACCGAGACGUGGCCAAGUCUGUGCUGAAGGACCGGGGUCUGAAGAAGAUCCGCCUCGGGAUCGAAGGCUAUCCCACCUAUAAGGAGAAGGUGAAGCGGCGGCCCGGGGGUCGCCCGGAGGUCAUCUACAACUACGUGCAGCGUCCGUUCAUCCGGAUGUCGUGGGAGAAGGAGGAGGGGAAGAGCCGCCACGUGGACUUCCAGUGCGUCAAGUCCAAGUCCAGCACCAACCUGGCGGCGGCGGCGGCCGACAUCCCCCAGGACCAGCUGGUGGUCCUGCGGCCGCCGGGGCCGCAGGUGGACGAGCUGGACCCCGGCGGGGGCCCGGCGCCCGGCGGGGGGCCGGCCCAAGACGGCCCCGCCCUCAGCAGCCAGCCUCAGGCCACGUACCACUAUGAGCCGGACCCCGACACCCCGUCCCCGUCUGCGUGAGGCGACGGCCCCGCCCACUGCUCCACCGCACGACGCGGCCCCGCCCCCUUCAGCAUGAGGCGGCCCCGCCCACUGCUCCACAAGCGUCACGCCGAGCAAUAAAACCUCACUUCCUGUUUUUCUGCCAGUCGUGAAGCACAAAACACACGAGCUAGCAGGCUAACGAGCUAGCAGGCUAACGAGCUAACAGGCUAUCAGGCUAAAGUGCUGAAUGGAACUCCUCAGGCUUCCUGUUGCUUUCAGUGUGAUCAGACAUGCUCCUCCUCCUCCUGCUGCUAAUCCCACCCCUCGUCCUGCCCUCCCCCCUCCUCCGUCCUCCUCCUGCCCCUCCCCCCUCCUCCGUCCCCCCCUCCUCCUCUCCUCACCUCCUUGCCUUGCGCCUCCUGCAGCCUCCAAAGGAGAACCUUCAGAAGCACAUCAGCUGUGACUCCACCCCCUUUGUUCUUGAUCCAAUCAGAAGACUCUGACUCACGUUUUUUCACGUUGAUCUUUAUGUUUUGUUGUUUUUUUACAGUUUUUUAGUCCUGUGCUGCUCUGAGUCCUGACUGAGAAAGAAUUGCACAGUUUUCUGUCACCGGACGCCAGAAACGACGUCCACACGAUGUUUUUUUUAUAAUAAAUGGGUUGA